AUGGCAAAUGAGCAGCGGCGUGCUGUUCUUUCGGGCGACGAGUAUGUUAUUUGUCUUAAACUCGUAGACGUCCCUUUGAUAACUGGUACCGGCACCAUUUUGCGUGAGGUCUCGGCUCCUUUUCAUGGUCCUUUUGUGCCCGCCUCAAUGCGUCGAACUGUGUUUCAAACUCUGCAUGGAAUCUCCCACCCUGGGAUCCCAGCCUCUCAAAAGCACCUCACGGAAAGGUUUUUCUGGCCUGGCAUGAACAAGGACGUCAAAGCUUGGGCGCCUUCUUGUCUGAGAGGCCAGUGCAACAAGGUGCAACGUCAUAUCAAGUCCCCACCGGGCACAUUCCUCAGCCCCGUCGUAGGGUUAAGCUGUGUGCAUCUGGAUGUCGCAGGCCUCUUACCUCUGCCCAAUAUCUAUACCCACCUUCUUGCCGGAGUUGAUCGAUACACCCGUUGGGCUGAAGCCAAUCUGUUGCCGAUUGUGCAGGCUGAAACCGUCGUGAGGGUCUUCGUCGGUCACCGGAUCGCCACUUUUCGUGCCCCAUCCACAGCUAGAACCGAUCAUGCUGCUCAUGUUGAGUCUGUACACUUUCGAACGUUCCUCCAUUUUCUCGGCUGCACGGGCGUUCAGACGAGAGGAUAUAACCCAGCUGCCAACGAGAUGGCUGAGCGUUACCAGCGCCAUCCAAAGACUAUCCUGCGCGCCGCUGAGGACCGAAAAAACUGGCCAGACAACCUCUCCAUUGCACUCCUCAGCAUUCACGCGGAACUGAAUCCGGAUUUGGACUGUAGCGAAGUUGAAUUGGUUCUUGACGCUACCCCCGACUUUCAGGCGAGAUGGUCACUCAAACCUGUCCUGGUACUAAGGAGACCCCUGACGAUUUUCUGUACCGUCUGCGGCAAUUUAUACGCUCGCUUCCUCCGGUUCCGACUCGAACGUCAACGACCGAGUCUCAUGUCAAAAAAGGUUAGGAAGACUGCACUCAUGCGAUCGUUCGGUGUGACCGGGUGCGUCAGCCGCUGGAAUAACUAUACCUAG